AUUUAAUGGACUAUCUAGUAAACGAUUUUAAAAUCAAAACAUGUUCAGGUUGAGAAUAAGUUAAUAAAAGUAUUCGGUCACUCUUAUAUUUCUAUCCUAAAAGCGGCCUGUUUUCAAAUGGAGCUACAUUGUGAGAUAUGUCGGUUUAAAGACAACGAUGAGGUGCUCUACGGCGAAAUGAUGGUCGUCAGACAACUUCGGGUACACUAUUAUUGCCUGCUUCUCUCGACCAAUUUACCGCAGCGCGGCAGCGAUUCUAGUGGAAUUCUGGGCUUUCUAUUGCGUGAUAUCCGUGCUGAGGCAGCCGCCGCAAGGAAGAGGAAGUGCUACUACUGCAUGAAGAUGGGUGCUAGUAUCCAGUGCCAUAGAUGUUCGGCCAUAUUUCAUUUAAAGUGUGGUAUUGAAAAUCAAUGCACCUUUGAGUUCAUUCACAAGUUUUGGAGCUACUGCGAUUCCUGCACCCCGAUGGAUGACUACAAACUCCAACUGGUGUCCAAUCCGCCUAAAAACCGCAUUUGUGACAUCUGCUUACGAUCAAUCUGCCAAUUUAAGUUGUACAAUAUUGCCUACGGAGAUUGCUGUCGUCGAGGAUUCGCCCAUAAGUCCUGUAUGCGUCGCUACGCCCUAUCUUCUGGAUAUUACCUGCUUUGCAUUUGGUGUCGAUCUAAGGAUUUCCGGAAUUUAAUACGUCUGCAGUCGAUAUUCGUGCCGGAUCGCGAUGCAAUGUGGGAAAAGCAGCGAAACGCAUACAGGGAGCUCUACGAGCGUAUCGUGCGAUGUGAUCAUGAUCAAUGCCUGUGUCCCAACGGUAGGACUUAUAAUAAAAACAGUUGGCUGAUUCUAUCCUGUAAAUUAUGCGCCUCGACUGGUGUACAUUUCAAGUGCUUGAUUGGCAACAUGCGCUUGCAAAAGGGAACCGAGUCCACCGAAUUCAAGUGCACCGACUGCCUAGACGUUGAGCUAAGGGUUGCAAAGAGUCCAACCCGUAAUAUGGAUGAGUCUAUCAAUGGCUCUGAGGGCCAUUUGAAUGCCUCUUUUUAUAUUCAAAAGGUCGGCCCGGACGUACCCUCCCUGCCCGAAACCCAGGCACCUGUUUUCUCUGAUGACGACGAUGAUUACGAAACCAGUUCCGCGUGCAGCAUCAUAACAGUGAUUCCCAGCACAAAUUCCUCGAGCAAGACCCCACCACAAAAUAUCGAUAAGCUGCCAACAGAGCCAUUAAUCGAGAUCCCUGUCUCUCCGCUGCGGGAGCCAUUGAAUGAAAUUUCUAACUCGCCAAACCUUAACUCAGUCGAAGAGUUUUCUGAUUUUCCACAGUCAAAGUCUAUCUUGACAGAAGAUCCGAGUUCUUUACUAGUGCUUAAAGAGUAUUUUCGCUGUUUUGAUGAACCAUAUUUUUAUCUGGUUAUCUACGAUUUUGAACACGGGAAAUGCAUGGGCAAGUGUACCGGUUCAACAGUCUUGCGGUUUAACGAGGACGACCCCCGCAUCCAGGACAAAUCGCCCGAGUCUUUGCAGCGCUUGAAUCUAAAACCAGAUGAUGUAUGGUGCCGUGACAAGGACCGCGAUGUCUUCGAGAAGAUCGAAAGUUUCCACCAAUGGCUUAAAUUAAUUAAUAAUUAAUAAUUGUUUGUUUUUAAAAAAC